CUGCUCUGAUGAAUUUUUCGACGAUCGCUCAUGAAUCGAACGUUGUAUCCAUCAACGUCGGAGGCCGAAUCUUCCAAACGACGAAACAAACGUUAACCUUAGCCGGCACCGAUUCUCUUCUAUCUCGACUCGUCGUCACUGACUCAACUCCUCGUUUCGUCGAUCGAGAUCCCGAUUUGUUCUCCGUUCUUCUCUACAUCCUCCGUACUGGAAACUUACCUGCGAGAUCAUCAUCAUCAUCACGCUCCUUCGAUGUUCGAGAUCUCAUCCACGAAUCUAGAUACUACGGUAUCGAGUCUUUCUUAAUCGAUUCACUCUCGAAUCCGUCGCAGUUCGAGCCGUUUGAUCUCCGUAGAUCUAGGAUUCUUCAAUUGAACGGUCGAGAUUCUCCGUCUUCGAUCUCGCCGUCGGUUAACGGCGGAGGUCUCCACGUGGCGCACGGUAGCAAAAUCACUUCCUUCGAUUGGUCGUUGAGGCAAAAAUCGACUGUGUUGACUAACUUCUCCGCGGUUGAUUCUCUUCUUGAGAUAUCUCCGGGAGUUUUAGCCGCCGGAGCCACCGAUUUCCCAGGUUUGCAAAUCAUCGAUCUCGAAAACGGCGGAUUCGUCCGUACGACUCUUAAUUGGGAAAACGUGACUAGGUCUAGCUCUACGGUUCAAGCCAUAGGUUCUUCCACUGAGUUUUUGUUUACUAGCUUUGAAUCUAGCAGAAGGAACUCGAAUUCGAUUAUGGUGUAUGAUCUCUCUACUUUGUUGCCUGUCUCUGAGAUUGAUCAUUGUGAGAUUUAUGGUGCUGGCAUUGAUUCUGCAAUUCCAUCGACUAAGUUGAGAUGGGUUGAGAGUUGUAACUUGUUGAUGGUUUCUGGUUCUCAUACUAGUCCAUCUGGUGUCAAUGGCCACAUAAGGUUUUGGGAUGUUAGGUCAAGGAAUAUGGUUUGGGAGAUUAAGGAGGCACAUGAUUGUUUCUCUGAUGUUACUGUCUCCGAUAAUCUCUCUGCGGUUUUCAAGGUCGGUGUGGCUUCAGGGGAAGUUUUCUACGCUGAUUUGAGGAGUUUAGGAGCUAAGGAUCCAUGGGUUUGUCUUGGGGAAGAGAGAAAGAGAAGCUUGAAUGAAAGAAGAGAAGGACUUGGGUGUAAGCUUGAGAGCUAUGGCAAUCAUGUGUUUUGUAGUAAAGGAAGUGGGAUCGAGCUUUGGUCUGAAGUGAUCACGGGUUUGGUAGGGAAUGCAAGCCGGGAUGUACCGGAAGGGAGGGUUUUUAGGAAAAAUUCAUUUGGGAAAUUAGCGGAUUCAGGAGAAAACAAGAUUACCGGAUUGGCGUUUGGAGGAAGUAGAAUGUUUGUUACCCGAAAGGAUCACCAGUCGAUUGAAGUUUGGCAAAGUCCUAGUCGUGGAAUAUCGAUAUAAUGAGCAAGUACCAAGCUCUGGUUUGAGAUGAUCACUAGUUGGUUAGAAUUGAACAGGUGCUUAUAAAAUUACCUGGAGAGAGAAGCAAAUGA